GACUAGACGCCAUCUCACAGGAUUCAAAACCAGAAAAUACCUUCACAUGUUACGGCCUGAAAUCAAGUCUCAUCUAGCAGGAAAAGAAGCAGAAAAGCCUGUAAAAUGAGUGUUUAUGAGGAGAGAGAGCAGGAGUCUUCUGUUGACACUCAGAGAGCAGCAUCUCCAGGAUUCAGCUGUGUGUCUAUGAAGAGCAACAACUCAUGUAUCAUGUAUCAGCCCCCUAAUCUCAGUGAUGUUAACGCUCAGAGAGCAGCAUCUCCAGGAUUCAGCUGUGUGUCUAUGAAGAGCAACAACUCAUGUAUCAUGUAUCAGCCCCCUAAUCUCAGUGAUGGAGCUGCUGUGACCUCUGACCCUGUUAUCAUCAGCAGGAAUAGAAAGAGAGCAGCAUCUCCAAUAUCUAGCUGUGAGUCUAUGAAGAGUAACAAAUCCAUUGGUCUCAGUGAUGGACCUGUGACCUCUGACUCUGUUGGUGGGAGAGCUGACCAGAUCAGAUAUGGGUCCUGUCAGAUCUUCACAUCCUCAAACAGUCAGAACCACUUCAGUCAUAAUGACACAGAAGCAGCUCUGCAGCUCGAUUCUCACCAACCAGUGCAUGAUGAUCUGCAGAGAGUCAAAGACCAGCACAAAACCAGCAUGAAGAACAAGUAUGAGAGCUUAUUUGAGGGAGUCAAACUACAAGAGAAUCAAACCCUCCUGAACCAGAUUUACACACAGCUGUACAUCAUAGAGGGAGAGAGUGAAGGAGUGAAUGAAGAACAUGAGGUGCUACAGAUGGAGAAAAGUUACAGGACACUCCAAGACACUCCAAUCAACUGUAAUGACAUCUUUAAUCCUUUACCUGAACCAGGAUAUGAGGAGAACAGAAGAGAGAAGAAAGACAAAAUAAAGACGGUUCUUACUAAAGGCAUCGCUGGAAUUGGAAAAACCGUCUCUGUGCAGAAGUUCAUUCUGGACUGGGCCGAGGGAAAAGCCAAUCAGGAUGUAGAUUUC